CUCCCCUUCUCUCUCAGGUGCCAACUCGCAGCCCACCCCCUCCCGUUACCCAAAAUUCCACGCCGCCUUCACCAAAGUUAAAACCCUCCCCCUCCGCCGCCGGCCCGCCCGCCGCUAGGUCCGUCCGCCGGCGGUGAGGCUGCUCCGCGGCCCCGGCCCGCCCGUUCCCGCCCCGUCCAGCGAAGGAGGAGGAUCAGGGCAGGCGCGCCGAGGACGUAAGAGAUGGUGCUGUGGGAGCUCACGGCGAUCACCGCCUACUUCCUCGGCCUCAGGCGCACCUACCGCCUCGCGCUCCGCAUCCAGCGCCGCCUCAUCCCGCCCAACCACCCCAGGAUCCGGGACUUCGUCUACAGGCGCACACGGGAUGUGUUCAAUGUUGCAGUGUCAGUGCACAAGAACAUUCAGCAGAGGGACAUAGAGGUUGGUCGGAACCUCGGAAACGCGAUCCUUCGCUGGCUUGAUCGCAUGAAGCCAUCAGCAGAGAUUCGUCCCCGUCUUCCAGGCCCACCAAAUGGCAGCUCGGAGCAAUACAAGCAUUUUUCAAGCACAAGUAGGAGCGCAGGAGCUCAGAAGACCACCUCUAAAACUUCCCCCCACGACUCCAAUGGAAAAAUGCUGUUCUCGCGGCUGAACAUUCGACCCAAGUCCUUCCCCGUCCUGCCCACGAUGACGCAGCCCAACAGAAUCAGCGCGAGCAGCCAGUGCAGGCGUUUCUCCUACUCGCCGUUCCCGUCAGUCACCGCGAAGAGGAAGGUUCUGAUGGAGGGCGUCUUCCGCAAGGACAUUGCGCAGCUGAUGGUGUAAGGAUCUCUGCUUCUUUUUCUCUCAGCAACGGUCCAUACUGUGUUUUUUGGAACGUGAAGAUUAUUACUUGGACUGAAUUUCUCGCCCAGAACAAGAUGUCUCGUUAUAAUAAUGAAGCGCGUAGGGGAAGUUGUCGCUGCUCUGCCAGGCUAGGCCAUUAGAUCUCUAACCAAUGCUCAGAUUCUCAACAGCAUUUCAUGUUUGGUGACGGACAUGUGUAGUCGAUUUACCUGUGCUGCUUGAAUUAUGAGACCUGAGAAAUCUGAUGCCUCUCAGUUUCACCCUGUUGUGCUACCGUUUCA